AUGACUGGAGGAUCAAACAAUGCGUCUCCAUAUAAUUAUGAGGAGAAUAUUUCACAAUUAGCAGAUUCUGAAACCGAUGAGAAUCUGAUUGCUACCCCCGUGAUCCCUGAAGACAUCAGAACUAUCUUUUCAGAAGAUAACAAUGUUAUUUUGUGCCACUUGGGGAGCAAUCAGCCCAAUUGGCAGGUUCGUCCUUCAGACAUAGUUAUUCCUCAGAGAUUUAAGUUGGCAGAUCCUCAAUGGCAUGUCACUAGGCCAAUUGACAUUCUCAUUGGGGCUCAACUCUUCUGGGAUAUAGUGGGUGGGGAAACUUACAGUCUAGGAUCAGGUCUUCCUUGUCUCCGGGAUACUAAAUUGGGUUGGAUAAUAAUUGGGUCAUUUGGUCAUAAUCAAGAUCAGGCUAAUUCCUUUACAGUUUCAUGUAAUGUCUCCAACGCAACUCGAAUAGAUGAAACCUUUCGGAAAUUUUGGGACAUUGAGUCAAUUCCCAUGGAGACAAUGGUUGAGAAAGAGCAUAGAGAAGUCGAGAAUCUAUUCUCAGCUACCACGUCGCGAGCAGAGGAUGGACGAUGUGUUGUGCACUUACAUUUUAAUGAAAGGUUAAGUGACUUGGGAAAUAAUUCGCGUUCAGCUUUUCGUCAAUUUCAUUCCUUAGAAUCAAAAUUGAAUAAGGACCCUGAAUUGAAAGUGAAAUACGCACAGAUAUUUGAGGAAUACUUAAAACUCAAUAUCAUUGAGCCCGUUCCCUGCGAUGAGCUUUACAAUUCAUCCUUUUAUCUGCCACAUCAUUGCGUUGUUAGAGCAGAGGCAGAGACUACAAAGGUGAGAGUGGUUUUCAAUGCCAGCUCCAGAUCGGAAACGGGUGUCAGUCUAAAUGACUGUUUAAUGAUUGGUCCGGUUGUGCAGCCCCCAUUGAUUUCUGUACUUAUGAGAUUUCGCAUGUAUCCAUGGGCAAUAUCAACCGACAUUGUGAAGAUGUACCUUCAAAGUGUUCAUCAUUACCGUUUUCGUACGGUAUGCUGCGGUGUGGCAUCAUCGCCCCACUUGGCAUCGAGGGUUUUGAAGCAACUCGAUCAUGACGAGGGCAAUAGUUUUCCACUCGCGGCUAAGGUCAUCACUUCUAAUUUUUAUGUUGAUGAUUGUUUAUUAUCCGUGAAAACUCCCCAAGAAGCCAAAGAAGUCAUGCGUCAAUUAAUCGAAUUGAUGAACAGUGCUGGAAUGACACUCUCAAAGACCAAGUCGAAUAUUGGCAAUUUCAAGCAUGCCGGCGACGUUUCUGAAGUUCCGCUAAACGAUGAUUGA